AUGCCUUCAGCCUGUGAGACGCCUAGUAGUGAUAGCCGUAGUGCCACCGAUGCCAACAGUCAGCAGACCAAUGGACAGUCCACCACGAAGACCACCACCAAGGGAAGCAAUGGAACGGCAAAGGCCGCCGCCGCCGCGGGCUUCAUCGACGACGACGUCGACUAUGAAAUGCCGACAAGGGCCACCGCUGCUGCAACUGCGGACAACACGGUCGCUACCGUUUCCGCCGCCUCUUCGUCUCCGCCUAGUCAGAAUGGAGAGAAGGGAGGCGAGGCCACAGCCUCUUCGGACGACUUUAUCUUCAUCCAGGACACGGGCUUCAACGUGAAGAUUGCCCCGCCGGGGAUGGAGCCCUUUGAGUUGCAGGUCUCGCCGCUGGAGCUAGUGCAGGAGAUCAACCACCAGCUGAUUGACCGCGAGGACACCUGCCACCGAACCUGCUUCUCCCUCCAGCUCGAUGGCGUCACGCUGGACAACUUCAGCGAGCUGAAGAACAUUGAGGGGCUGAAGGAGGGCUCGGUGAUUCGCGUCGUGGAGGAGCCGUACACGGUGCGGGAGGCGCGCAUCCACGUGCGACACGUGCGCGACCUGCUCAAGUCGCUGGACGCCUCGGACGCCUACAACGGGGUGGACUGCAGCUCGCUCUCCUUUAUGAACCUGAUUGCACAGACGGACGUGUACGACUCAAAGGGGCGAAAUGGAAGUGGCAGUGGUGGAGGUGGAAAGUCGGCUGCUGCCAGCGCCCGCAACGACAGCAACAGCAGUGGCCAGCUGGACUGCCUCCCGCCGGACUUUGUGCUGCCCAUUGUGGAGAAUAACAAUGCCAGUGCCUCUACGACAAACGGAAGUGCUGCCACUACCACAACCUCUGCUUCAACGGUGCCGAAUGGCAAUGCUCAAUCACAUCAAAACGGAGGGGGUAGUCCGCCGCCCAGUCCCCCGGUGCCGCCUACCACUACCUCUUCCUCCUCUUCGUCUACUUCUCCCACCACCGCCACAGCCUCCUCUUCCUCUUCAUCCCCCAAUGCCUCUGCCUCCGUCCAGCUGACGCCGCUCAUUCCGCAGCCCCGGUCGGCGGCGGCGGCCGGCACCACCUCCUCUCCAACGGCCCUCAAGGUGCUCACCGCCUCUGGGUGGAACCCCCCGCCCGGAAGUCGCAAGCUGAAGGGCGACCUGAUGUACCUCUACGUGGUCACCCUCGAGGAGAAGCGCAUCCACAUUACCGCCUCGACGCGCGGCUUCUACGUGAACCUCUCCACCGACGAGGUGUUCAACCCGAAGGCUGCAGGUGGCGAGCCGGCUGUGGGGGGCCGCCAGCAGAUCUACCACUCGCUGGUGGACCUGCUCGCCACGCUCUCGCCGGCCUUUCGCCGAAACUACGCGCUCAUUCAGCGCCGCCGCCACCAGCGCCACCCCUUUGAGCGCCUGGUCACUCCCUAUCAGCUGUACAGCUGGGCCGCCCCGCCGCUGGAGCACACGGUGGACUCGAUUCGGGCGGAGGACGCCUUCAGCUCGAAACUGGGCUAUGAGGAGCACAUGCCCGGGCAGACGCGGGACUGGAAUGAGGAGCUGCAGACGACGCGCGAGCUCCCCCGGAAGACUCUAGCGGAGCGCAUUAUUCGCGAGCGGGCCAUCUUUAAGGUGCACUCGGACUUUGUGGCCGCUGCUACGCGGGGGGCGAUGGCCGUCGUCGACGGGAACGUCAUGGCACUGAACCCGAGCGAGGACACGAAGAUGCAGAUGUUCAUCUGGAACAACAUCUUCUUCAGCCUGGGCUUUGACGUCCGCGACCACUACAAGGAGCUGGGAGGGGAUGCGGCCGCCUUUGCCGCCCCCUGCAACGACCUGCACGGCGUGCGCGCCUACGCCGCCAUUGACAUUGAGGGCCUCUAUACGCUGGCGACGGCGGUGGUGGACUACAAGGGCUACCGAGUGACCGCCCAGAGCAUCAUCCCGGGCAUUCUGGAGCGCGACCAGGAGCAGUCGGUGGUGUACGGGUCGAUUGACUUUGGCAAGACGGUGGUGACCAAUGAGCGCUACCUGGAGCUGCUGAACAAGGCCGGCCAGGCGCUGAAGAUUGUGCCGCACAAGGUGCUCAGUGGCGAGGAGAACACCGAGGUGGAGAUCUGCUCCUCGGUGGAGUGCAAGGGCAUUAUAGGCAAUGACAGUCGCCACUACAUUCUCGACCUGCUGCGCACCUUUCCCCCCGAUCCGCACUUUGUGGUGGUGGAGGAGGGUCAGGAAAAUGGGCAGCAGGAGAAGCCCGAGCUGAGCGCCGAGAUGGUCGCCCUCGGCUUUCCCCGCCGCCAUAAGCACAAACUGUGUUCCCUUCGGCAGGAGCUGGUGGACGCCUUCUUUGAGUCGCGGUACAUUCUCUUCAUCAAGCUGGCCGCCCUCUACCUCCAGCAGUCGGAUAUUAAGAAGUUUAAGAGCGGGGCUGCCGCCGCUGAAGAGGAAACUCCCGAGGAGAAGAAGGCCAUUGAGGCGGCCAUGGAGAAGUUGGAUGAGGAGGAUGCCGCUGAAGAGGCUAAGGAGCAGGAAAAGAAGGUCACUUCGACGAUCACUGAUUCCUUUUCUNAUUCGCAGCAGCAGCAGCUCUCCCCGCGGGACCUGGAGAACACCCGUGAGAUUAUCCGGAAGGCGGCGGCCGACGUGGGCUCACUGAGCGAGACCGAGUUUGACCUGCGCUUCAACCCGGACAUCUACUCGCCGGGGGUGCGCCACGCGGACGUCGAGGGGGCGGCCUUUGCCCGUCAGAAGAAGCUGAUCAAGGAGGCGGCGGAGUUUCUCAUCAAGUCGCAGAUUCCCUCGCUGAUUCGCGAAUCGCUGGAGCACUCGCAGUACCUCUACGACGGCCUGACGCUGACGGAGGCGAUGCACAGCCGCGGCAUCAACAUUCGCUACCUGGGCCGGGUGGCCGACCUGGUGGCGAAGCACGAGACGCUCGACUACCUCAUGAACAUUGUGGUCACCGAGCUGGUGUGCCGCUCUGCGAAGCACCUCUUCACCGCCUACAUUCAGUCGGUGGAGGUGGUGUACCUGUCGACGGCGAUUGCGCACUUUCUCAACUGCCUCCUCUCUUCGGCGGUGCCCAGUCCGGCGGCUCUGUUUGCCGGUGAGGAGACCGGAAAGGGUCACCACGGCAGCGGCAAGCGAAAGGGCAAAAAGGGAGGCGGAGGCAAUGGCGGCAGCUCUUCUAAAUCCUCGGCUGCCUCCAAGAAGAUCGGCGACCAGUCGAAGAGCACCGAUUGGGCCUCGCUGACCGCCCGCUCGCUGUGGGCGCAGCUGCGCUCCGAGAUGGACGCCUACUAUGGCUGGUCGGUGGGCGGAAACGGAGGCGGCGUCGUGGACUCCCUGGACGCCCUCCUCUCCCGGUACGCCAUUCAGAAGAUCUCCCUGCUGCGGCUGUUUGCGCUGCGCACCGGGCUGCAGGUCCUCCUGCGGGAGUACCACUUUGAGCACCGCUCCCGGCCGGCCUUCAGCGAGGAGGACGUCCUCAAUGUCUUUCCCAUUGUGAAGCACAUUGCCCCCCGGGCCUCGGACGCCUACAACUUCUUUCAGACGGGCCAGCGGAAGAUUCAGGAGGGCGCUCUCCGCGAGGGCUACGACUACAUCACCGAGGCUCUGAAUCUCUUCAACAACGUCUACGGCCCCCUUCACUCGGACAUUGUGCAGUGUCUGCGGCUGUUGGGGCGGAUCAACUACGUCCUCGGUGACUACCAGGAGGCCACCUCCUUUCAGCAGAAGGCGGUGCUGAUGAGCGAGAAGGUGAACGGCAUUGACCAUCCGCACACCAUUUCCGAAUAUAACUUUCUGGCGCUGUACAGCUUCUCCAACCAGCAGAUCUCGGCGUCGCUCAAGUUUCUCUACCGCGCCCGGUACCUGCUCGCCCUCAUUCACGGCCAGAACCACCCGGAGAUGGCCAUUAUUGAUAGCAACAUUGGCCUGAUUCUGCACGCCAUCGGCGAGUACGAGUCCUCGCUGCGCUUCCUCGAGCACGCCCUCGCCCUCAACCUGCACUACUUUGGCCGACGCCACCUGAAGGUGGCCCUCAGCUACCACCUGGUCGCGCGCACCCUCUCCUGCAUGGGCCUCUUUCGCGGGGCACUGACCAACGAGAAGGAGACCUAUGCCAUCUACAAGCGCGAGCUGGGCGAGGGCCACGAGAAAACGAAGGAGAGCAGCGAGUGCCUGCGCCACCUGACCAACCAGGCGGUGGUGCUGCAGAAGAAGAUGAACGAGAUCUACAAGGGCAAUGUCAAUACCAUAAUCCCGCCCAUUCAGAUUCAGCCGCCGUCCAUUAGCGCCGUCCUCGAGAUGCUCAACGUCGUCAACGGGAUUCUCUUUCUGCAGAUUAGCGCCGCAGAUGUGGAGAACCUGAAGGAGAUGCAGCAGCAGCAACAACAGCAGAGCUCGGCUGACAAGUCAACGCCCACCACCGAAGAGAAGAAGAAGGAGGAGGAGGAGGAGAUCAAGGCCAUCAAGGACUCUGGGGAUGAGGGAGGAAAAGCUGCUGCUGCUGCUGAUAGCAUUCCUCAGUCCUCAGCAGCUUCAGUGGCCGUGGACAAUCGUGCAUGA